AUGGAGAUGCAGAACCCAUAUUCAAUCAUCUUCAUCUUCUUCUGCUUCUUCUUUGUGAUCCGCAAGCUAUCUUCUUCCAGGAAACCCACCAGAAACCUACCUCCAGGGCCAUGGAAAUUACCCCUUAUAGGAAACCUACACCAACUUGCCGGCUCACUUCCCCAUCGUUCUCUCACAAAUCUUGCAAACAAGUACGGACCAUUCAUGCAUCUCCAACUAGGACAACUUUCUCAUAUCAUAGUAUCUUCACCAGAAUAUGCCAAAGAAAUAAUGAAGACACAUGAUCAGAUCUUUGCAAAUAGGCCCAAAAAUCUUGCCUCUGAUAUCUUGACCUAUAAGUGCACAGACAUCAUCUUUUCCCCAUAUGGAAACUACUGGAGGCAGCUGCGAAAGAUUUGUCUGUUGGAGCUUUUCUCUAAAAGAAGGGUUCAAUCAUUCAAAAAAAUAAGGGAAGAAGAGGUGUUGGCACUUGUGAGGAAUGUCUCUAAACAUGAAGGUUCUGUCAUGAACCUUAGUGUAAAAAUCUACGCAUUCAUGAAUUAUGUAGUCGUCAGAGCGGCGUGUGGCAAAAAGACAGAGAACGUAGAACAUCUACCGCAAAUAAUGGAGCAAUCAAUAAAGGCUGGUUCUGGGUUAUCCAUUGAUGAUUUCUAUCCUUCGUUGAAAUUUAUUAGUGUCAUCACUGGGAUGAGAGCUCGAGUUAUGAAGUUGCACAAAGAUUGUGAUGAAGUGCUUGAUGAAAUCAUUAGAGAACACAAAGAAAAGAAAGGCAAUAAUUUUGGAGAGGUCGAGGAUGAUCUAGUUGAUGUUCUUCUCAAGAUUCAAGCGGAGGAUGACUUUGAGAUCCACUUAUCCCUUGACAACAUUAAGGCUGUUCUUAAAGUUCGAUGUUUUCUUUGCUGGGACCGGACAUCAGCAGCUACAAUUGAACGGGUAAUGUCAGAAUUACAGAAAAACCCAGAGGCAAUGAAAGAGGCACAAGCAGAGGUAAGAAGAAUCUGUGGAGGCAAAGGAUUUGUCGAUGAAUCAGAACUUCAUCAAUUAAAAUAUUUAGGUGCUGUUAUCAAAGGAAGCUUCAGACUGCAUCCACCUGGGGCAUUGUUGGUUCCCAGAGAGAAUAGUAAUAGUUGUAAAAUCAAUGGAUAUGAGAUACCUCCAAGAACAAGGAUUAUUAUUAAUGCUUGGGCUAUUGGAAGAGAUCACAAGAUUUGGAAUGAACCAGAGAGAUUUGAACCUAAAAGGUUUCUUGAUACAAUGGUUGAUUACAAUUUCAAUGGUUCAAAUUUUGAGUUCAUCCCAUUUGGCGCGGGAAGACGAAUAUGUCCUGGAAUUACAUUUGCUAUACCCACUCUAGAAUUGUUACUUUCCAAUUUACUUUACCAUUUUGAUUGGAAACUCCCCAGUAGAUUGAAGCCUGAGGAAAUGGACAUGGAUGAGUCAUUUGGAGCUGCGCUAUCUUCUUCAAAGAAACCCUCCAAAAACCUACCAGCAGGUCCGUGGAAAUUACCACUCAUCGGAAACCUACACCAACUUGCUGGCUCACUACCCCAUCCUUCUCUCACAAAUCUCGCAAACAAGUACGGCCCCUUCAUGCACCUUCAAUUUGGACAGGUUUCUCAUAUCAUAGUGUCUUCACCAGAAUAUGCCAAAGAAAUAAUGAAGACCCAUGAUCAAAUCUUUGCAAAUAGGCCCAAAAAUCUUGCCUCUGAUCUUUUGACCUACAGUAGCAUAGACAUCAUUUUUUCCUCUUAUGGAAACUAUUGGAGGCAACUUCGAAAGAUUUGUCUCUUGGAGCUUUUCUCCAAACGAAGGGUUCAAUCAUUCAAGGACAUAAGGGAAGAGGAAGUAUUAGCACUUGUGAGGGAUAUCUCUGAACAUGAAGGUUCUGUCAUGAAUCUUAGUGGAAAAAUCUACGCAUUCAUGAAUUAUGUAGUUGUGAGAGCGGCUUGUGGAAAAAAGACAAAGAAUGUAGAACACUUGCUGCAAACAAUGGAAGAAUCAAUAAUGCUAGGCUCUGGGUUAUCCAUUGAUGAUUUCUAUCCUUCGCUGAAAUUUAUUAGCGUCAUCACUGGGAUGAGAGAUCGAACUAUGAAGUUGCACAAAGAUCGUGAUGGAGUGUUUGAUGAAAUCAUUAGAGAACACAAAGAAAAGAAAGGAAAUAAUUUCGGAGAAGUCCGAGAUGAUCUAGUUGAUGUUCUUCUCAAGAUUCAAGAGGACAAUGACCUUGAGAUCCAGUUAUCUUUUGACAACAUUAAAGCUGUUCUUAAAGAUGUUUUCUUUGCUGGAACUGAAGCAACAGCAACUACAGCAGAGUGGGCUGUGUCAGAAUUACUCAAAAACCCAAAGGCAAUGAAAGAGGCACAAGCAGAGGUAAGAAGAGUUUAUGGAGGCAAGGAAUUUAUAGACGAAUCAGAACUUCAUCAACUAAAAUAUUUACAUACUAUUAUCAAUGAAACCUUGAGGCUGCAUCCACCCGCGGCACUAUUGAUUCCAAGGGAGAAUAGUGAGAGUUGUGAAAUCAAUGGAUAUAAGAUACCUCGUGGGACAAGGGUUAUUAUUAAUGCCUGGGCCAUCGGCAGAGAUCCCAAAAUUUGGAAUGAACCAGAGAGAUUUGAACCAAAGCGGUUCAUUGAUACAAUGGUAGAUUACAACUUCAACGGUUCAAACUUUGAGUACAUACCAUUUGGUACUGGAAGAAUGUGUCCUGGAAUCACUUUUGCGGCACCUGUUCUAGAAUUGUUGCUUUCCAAUUUGCUUUACCACUUUGAUUGGAAACUUCCGAAGGAGAUGAAACCUGAGGAAUCGGCGAUGGAUGAGUCAUUUGGGGUCACAGUUAGAAGGAAAAACAAUCUGAAUAUAGUCCCUAUUAGCUUUUCCUCUAAUAAGGGUUAUAUGUGA